UUUGAUUCUCUUCUCACUCAUCUUUGCAAUCUCAAGCAGCUUUUCUUCGCCUUACUUUGUGCAAAUGGCUGCUUCAUCGGCUUGUCUCAUCGGGAGCGGAUUAUCUGUCUACACAACUAAACACAGGUCUAAACAGCUAGUGCUCUCCUCAAGGUUUGCUUCAGUUGAUAGGACGACAUCUAAAGUUACUCUUGUGAAGGCUUCUUUAGAUGUGAACAAACACGAAGCAAGAAGAGGCUUCUUCAAGCUUUUGCUUGGAAACGCUGCAGCUGCUGGAGUGGGUUUACUCGGAACUGGGAAAGCAAACGCAGAUGAACAAGGAGUUUCGUCGUCAAGGAUGUCUUACUCUAGGUUCCUUGAGUAUCUAGACAAAGGAAGGGUUGAUAAAGUAGAUUUGUACGAGAACGGGACAAUAGCUAUUGUGAAGGCUGUUUCUCCUGAGCUAGGCAACAGGAUCCAGCGUGUACGCGUGCAGCUACCGGGACUGAGUCAAGAGCUUCUCCAGAAGCUGAGGGCAAAGAAUAUCGACUUUGCAGCACAUACUGCUCAGGAAGACCAAGGCUCUCCGCUACUCAACUUGAUUGGGAAUCUCGCAUUCCCUCUGAUUCUCAUUGGCGGUUUGUUUCUUCUCUCGAGACGGUCCUCCGGUGGAAUGGGUGGUCCCGGUGGUCCCGGCUUCCCGCUUCAGAUCGGUCAGUCCAAAGCAAAGUUCCAGAUGGAGCCAAACACUGGUGUAACGUUCGAUGACGUUGCUGGAGUCGAUGAAGCCAAGCAAGACUUCAUGGAAGUGGUGGAGUUUCUGAAGAAGCCUGAGAGGUUCACUGCGGUCGGUGCUCGGAUCCCGAAAGGUGUUCUUCUCGUUGGUCCUCCCGGUACUGGGAAAACACUCUUGGCAAAGGCCAUUGCUGGUGAAGCUGGUGUACCUUUCUUUUCCAUCUCGGGGUCUGAGUUUGUUGAGAUGUUUGUCGGUGUUGGUGCUUCGAGGGUCCGUGAUCUUUUCAAAAAGGCCAAGGAGAACGCUCCUUGUAUUGUCUUUGUUGAUGAGAUUGAUGCUGUUGGUAGGCAGAGAGGGACUGGUAUCGGUGGAGGUAAUGAUGAAAGAGAACAGACGCUUAACCAGCUUCUGACGGAGAUGGAUGGUUUUGAAGGUAACACUGGUGUUAUCGUGGUUGCUGCAACCAACAGAGCUGAUAUUCUUGACUCCGCCUUGUUGAGACCAGGACGUUUUGACCGGCAGGUGUCUGUUGACGUUCCAGACGUUAAGGGAAGAACAGAGAUACUCAAGGUUCACUCUGGGAACAAGAAAUUUGAGAAUGGAGUUUCACUAGAAGUAAUAGCCAUGAGAACGCCUGGAUUCAGUGGAGCUGAUCUUGCAAACCUCUUAAACGAAGCUGCCAUAUUAGCCGGACGCCGUGGAAAGACAGCGAUAUCAUCUAAAGAGAUUGAUGAUUCGAUUGAUAGAAUUGUAGCUGGGAUGGAAGGCACUGUCAUGACUGAUGGGAAGAGCAAAAGCUUGGUCAGCAAGUCAACAAAUGUGUCUGGCAUUUGA